GGCGUAAAAUGACAUUGGCACCCUUGCGUAGUUUCAGUCAAGUCCCAAGGGCAUUUUCGGACAACGCAAUUUUAAAAAAGCCAGCCAGAAAGAAAGCACCAGAGGUAAGGAGCCAUUCGUCUCCCGACCGAACAAGCCUUCUUCUUGGAAACUUCGACUAUCGAAUUUCAACUCUCUCCUUUCCUUCCACAAGAAGAAAAAAGGAAAAACGAUCGCUUCUCCUAAGAAACGAAUCCAAUCUCGUUUUGCUCUUUCGAUUCGUUAGCGUUUUCCCGUAAAACCCAAGUGAAGGAAAUCCUCUUUUUGGUAUUUUUUAGCUUAAAAAAGCAUCAACAGCUACAGAAAAAUGGAGGAAAUGGUCAAGGAAGAGCAGUGUGCUGUUGCAUCCAUACCUGAAGGCCAUGAAACAAAAUGUUGGGGAUGCGGAUUGCGCCUUCUUCUCGCAUCUUAUGCUCCUGUUUUCAAGUGUGGAUGGUGUGGGGCUAUAACAAACCGAAAUCCAUGGAAGCGUGAAAAACGAUGCUCCUAUCGGUGGAUACGUGUGCGGGACCGGUUUUUCGUCACCGCCCUUCUUCUCUUCAUGCUCUUUGUGAUAUGUGGUGGUGUGUGGGCGGUUUACCCAGUUAUUUUCUCUGCGAGUGAUUUCUGUGGGAUUUUUCACUGCAUUAUAACAUUUACCUUGUCAGUCUUUACCAUUUCUAGCUUCUGCUUAGCGGCAUUUAUGUCUCCUGGGGCACCAACCAGCAUGAUAUGGGGCAGCUAUCCAGUUGUGGAAAAAGGCAGCCUAGAGAACUAUACAUUUUGUGUAUAUUGUGCAAAGCCGAAGUCACCAAGAACACAUCACUGCCGCUCAUGUGGAAUGUGUGUCUUGGGCAUGGAUCACCAUUGCCCCUUCAUUGGCAACUGCGUGGGGGCUGCAAACCACCGGCAUUUCAUUGCAUUCCUGUUCUCCGCAGUCAGCAGCACCAUGUAUGUUUUCAUGAUGACCACGUAUGCAGGCUUGAAUCUUUGGCCUCCUUUGACAUAUGGGUCUCUUCGUCCUUCGAUAAUCUUCAACCGAACAGCCGCUUUAAUAGUAUUGAAAGAGAUCACCCAUGCUUUAUUGAGCUCUGCACUCUUUUUGUCUACAAGAGGCCUCCUCCUCGUAUAUCUGUCGAUCGCAAGCCUGUCCGUGCAUAUUGGCCUAAGUGUGCUAUUGUGGCAACAGCUCCGAUAUAUUUAUGAGGGGAAGACUUACUUAGAUCAACUAAGCUCUUCAGAUGGUGGAAACGAAGAAAGGGGUUGUCAGAAUCUUUUUAGAUUCUUUGGUUGCCCGUAUUCGGCUACCCGAUUUCUCUUGGGUUCCUCUGGUGCUGCGAAGAUUCACUGGAAAUGACAUGAUUCAAGCUCUUGUGGAGGUAACUUGAGAUCGAGGUGUCAUGCCUGCGAUCUGGAGUGGCCAGCUGAAUCCUACUCUUCCCACAUGUGCCAUGUGUGUGAAAGAUUCAGUCCAUUUAUCAUGUGGGUCCCACUGUUUAUGUUCCCUGGUUCAAAUGUCAGUCUGGUCCAUUCAUCAGGUUGGCUACACCGCACUUAAUGUAGACAUUUAUUAAAGUUUUUAUAGCUGUCCAUUUUUUCACAUCUGUGGCCCACCUGAUGACUGGGCCAGCCUGAGUUUUGGAUCACAGUUCAUGUAUGUUGCUACCCACCUGAUGAAUUGUGUCCCAUGUUCUGCAUGGCCCACUGAGGAGAGUAGGAUUCAAAUGACUGCUUCUGCAGGUAGCUGUCGCAUUUCACCUUGCGGUUUGCCAGUAUUGCUCCCCCUUAGUUGCUGGCCUUAUGCUUCGCCAUAAGGUGAUCCGAUCCAUUCAUCUAAGUAGUUUCCAACAUGGAUGAGCCAUGCCUAAAAAUCCAAGGGAAAAUAUCUUCACCAGCAAAUGGGAUUUAGAAACAAUGGUCCACAUUCAACACUUUUGUAUGGGUGGUAAGGAUAUCUCUGAUCAGUUGGAUUUUUUUUUUUUCUACAUGGCCCACCAUUGUGGGGCCUACAAGAGGAAUGGGACCUGGUUCAAACCGCAAGGCAAGGCACAAAUGGCCAGCAAUGCUAACAUGGCAGAACUCUUUUUGUUUCUUUUCACAUUCCUGUUACCCAAGUAGACAUUCAAUGGGGGUUUUGACUUGUAAAUCAUAGCGGUUGAGUUAUAGAUUAAAUUACAAACAGCGCGAUCUUUGAUUA